AAGCCAGGGGGCUGAUGGGGCUCACCAACCUGGGAAGGUAGCCCGUUUGGAGAAGGAGAACUCUGGUCCUAAGCCUCCUCCACUGCCUUGUGGGAUUUAUUCAGGAGAAGACAAGGCUUUGGAGUAAAACCCCUAUCCAGAAGGGAGUCCCUAAGAUGGUUGGGUGGCGCUUUGUACGCCUCCAUCCAGCAACUGCUGCAGCCAAGCUGGUGCCCAACAUAUUGCUCUGCUUUCCUUUGGAUCACAUCAGCGAGGCCAAGGGCCGGGGGCGGGGUCAUUGACUAGGCAGCCCUGGAACUCCAUAAACGCUGCCCAGGCUUGUACUCGCACUUUGGCGCGAUUAAUGCAGUGGUUUGAUUUCACCCUUAGAGGCGCAUUCCAUUGUCUCUAGAGGCAGUAGGGUGUCAACAACAAUAGCAAAAUAAAAAAAUUCCUUCAGUAGCACCUUAAAGACCAACUAAGUUUAUAUUUUGGUAUGAGCUUUCGUGUGCAUGCACACUUCUUCAGAUACCAACAACAAUAGCAGUUAGAGCAGAGCUUUCCAGUUUUUUCAUGUUGGUGACACACUUUUUAGACAUGCAUCAUUUUGCGACACAGUAAUUCAGUUUUACUAGCAAACCGGAGGUUAAACUAGCCCCUUUCUAGCCGCGGGAGGAACGCGGGGAGCAUUCACACAACAUGCCAGCAUGCUAGUGUGUCGUGACACACAGUUUGGAAAACUCUGGGUUAGAGUGUCAACCACCUGGGAGAUACAAGGGUUCAAAUCCCCUCUGGGUCAGCCGUGCAGCUCACUGAGUGAUCUCAAAGGACAGGAGUUUCUCCCAUGCAGCAGCUUUGGGCUACAAAUUUGGGAUUGUGGCAAAGAAAGCUUAGUUAUAAACUAAGAAUUUUGGAUCUUGGCUCUGAGGAAGGGGAAAGGGUGGCACUCUUUCUGGAAAAUGGUGGAAUUUUAUGGGUAUUUCAGAGGAAAUCUGGAAGAUGGAUCAAAGCACAGUUGGAGUUGUAAAAGGAAUUAGCAUUUAAAUUCAUUGAUAAAGCUGGCAUCAUUUUUCAGGGUUUGAACAUAGAUUUUUAUUUUGUUGUAUGUAUCCUAUUCAAAUUUCAUGCUCAAUAAUUAGGAUGUUUGCUUCAGUUAAGGUGUAUAUGAACACCUAUCAUAUUUUCAGCCUGCUUUAUACAUCUGGAGAAUUAUAUGACAAAAUUCAUGCCAUGAUAAAUGUUUUAGAUUGCAGUCCAGCCUAAAAACAUUUCCUAAACCCUGAUCUGAUAAUGCUUACUCAAAACACAAUUUAAUGAAGAAGUGUGCAUGCACAUGAAAGCUCAUACCUAUGACAAACUUAGUUGGUCUCUAAGGUGCUACUGGAAGGAAUUUUUAUUUAUUUAUUGUUUUGACUACGUCAGACCAACAGGACUACUAACCUGUAACACAAUUUAAUGGGUUUUCCUUCCAUGUAUGUAUCAAGCACAAGCCUUCCCUCAGGAGUGGGAAACUUUUGACCCUCCAACACCAGUUGAACUCCAACUCCAGUUAUCCCCAGCCAACAUAGCCAUGUGUGGGGAACUUUCGUCCCUCCAGAGGUUGCUGAACCACAACUCCCAUUAUCCCUGGACAUCACCCAUGCUUGGUAGGGCUGAUGCAGGUUGUAGUUCAACAAUAUCUGAAUAUAAAACGAUUGGUAAGAUUGGCGAGGGAACAUUUUCUGAUGUUCUGAAGGUACAAAAUUUCAAGGAUGGACAAUAUUAUGCAUGUAAACAAAUGAAACAGCAUUUUGAAAGUAUCGACCAUGUGAACAGUAUGAGAGAGAUACAAGCACUAAGGCGACUGAAUCCACAUCCAAAUAUCCUUACGUUGCAUGAAGUGAUAUUUGACAAGAAAGCCGGUGCUGUGGCAUUGAUAUGUGAACUCAUGGACAUGAACAUUUAUGAACUGAUCAAAGGGAGGAAAAAACCAUUCCCUGAAGGAAAAAUAAUGAAUUAUAUGUACCAGUUAUGCAAGUCUCUUGAUCACAUGCACAGGAAUGGGUUAUUUCACAGAGAUGUAAAACCAGAAAACAUAUUAAUAAAGCAGGAUCUUCUGAAGCUUGGGGAUUUUGGUUCCUGCAGAAGUAUACACUCCAAACAGCCUUAUACAGAGUACAUCUCUACGCGCUGGUACAGGGCACCUGAAUGUCUUCUCACAGAUGGGUACUACAGUUAUAAAAUGGACAUGUGGAGUGCUGGCUGUGUGUUCUACGAAAUUGCAAGUUUCCACCCACUCUUUCCUGGAUCUAAUGAACUGGACCAAAUAUCAAAAAUCCAUGAUAUUGUAGGUACUCCUCCCAAGAAGAUUCUUAAUAAGUUCAAGCAGUCACGAGUGAUGAGCUUUGAUUUUCCCAUCAGAAAAGGGAAGGGAAUCUCUCCAUUUAUGCCUAGCUUGUCAAACAAGAGCCUAACUCUUAUGUAUGCAAUGAUACAAUAUGAUCCUGACGAGAGGAUCUGUGCCCAUGAAGCCCUACAGCACCCUUACUUCAGAGAAUUAAGGUUGGCAGAGAAACAAGCUUUGACCAUACGCAGAAGAAUGAGAUUAACAGAAAACCCAUUAGAAAGGGAGACUCUCAGCUUGCGUCGUAUUUCAAAGGAGGAUCAAAGGCAGAACUUUCUUAGGAGAGCCCAAGAGAAUCCACUGGGACGUCGUGGAUUUCAGAAUCCCUAUACAGUGGAGUUGCCCAAACCGGCUGCUUCUGAAGUAACCAACUUGACUUCUUACCCUAAUCCUCCAUUUCAGUCAGUUUUUCCUCUCCCAGCAACCAACGGGCAAGUCCAAGUGUUGCAGCCCAUAACAUAUUUUGGGACACACUGCAAGUCUGAAAGACAGAAGGAAUUUAAAUCUCCGGUGAAACACUACCACUUGCCUGCUCUGGGAAGAAGAGGGGGUUUCUGAUGGACUAAGAAUCCCUUGUGCUCGCCAAUACUUUUGAAAGGUACACUAACAGCAAUAGUGCCUUAUCUUCUCAAAUGCUGCAGCAAGAUGCUACAAUAUUAUUAUUUUUGUGCUUAACUUUUUUUAAAAAAGGAAAAGGAGCCUUUCUACGUGAGCACCGUUUUCAUAACUCAGACUACACUUCAUAUUUUUUCCAAGCUCCCGAUGUACAAUUUUAUUUCCUCUUAAGUGGGUUGUACAUUUGUUCCAAUUGUGCUGCACUGGUAGGAAUGGAAUUGUUACUACUUUUAUAUUAAAUACGAUACAGUACUUCUUAUUUAAGAUGUGUUGAAACUGAAUUUGUGUAUUUUUGUAAAUGUGACUGUGGAGAUAUAGAUUGAAGCAGUGGCGAAGGUGUUUGGUAGUUUCAAAACCUGAGUCUUCUUAGUAUCUUCUGGAGUAUGUUACAUCUGAUUUGAGUGCAAUCUUGUGUAAAGAUUUAUUUUUCAAAUUAUGUAAAUGGGCAGAUUUUCUCUGCAUGCGUCAUUCGUAAGAUCAAGUUAGUCUUGCUGUUGCUCUCCCAACAUAUUCCUGUAGCACGGAAGCUUAAACAGCAUGAGCAUGCUUUCUCAGUUAAAAUACGAUUUGUCACAUGCUCGAUACAAUUUCACUUCAAAGAACACAUUGUGCAUUUGUGAGAAGAGCCAAUAAUAUCUGAAAGUAUAUUUUGUGGGGGAACCUUGUCUCCGCCAGGGACAAGAAGAUUCUUAAGUUGCUUUCAGAAUUACCGUUUAAAUGACAAAUAAAAAUGCCGUUUUAUUAAAAUA